AUGUCCCCACCAUCACCCCAUGGGUACGACCACCACAUCCCUAGUCCAUCUCCAUCUCCAGCGCCGCCGCCUGUGCCCACUAAGACUCGGCAUGCACCCAAGCGGAAGCGUUUCAAGAGUCCUGUCCGCAAGCUGUCGCCCCUCCCAACAGUACCAAAGGUUCCUCCCCCUCGUCCUUACGAUCUUAGUAUCGAGGAAAAUGAGGCCGUUGCAAAGAAGGAACUGUAUGAACAUUUUCAUAAGGAAAAACCCCCAGUGCCAGCGCCAUACACCGAGAAGCAAAAAGCAUAUGCUCUUAAUUUUCUGAACACACCAUCGCAAUAUGACUUACACGAGAAGAAGGAUGACUAUACACGCACACUUGCGAGGGUAAUUGAGAAGAAGGAUACUGCUAAGAAGGAUAGUGCUAGCACGGGAAAAUCAUCAACUACAAGUGUAGCCGGGAAAAAAUCAAGUUCAACAAGUGCACCCCUCAAGGCCAAGCAAGCGACGACAAUAAGCACGAAAAGAAAGAAAGUUCCCCAGCUCGGAGAACAGACCAAACAAUCGAUCCCACCUCUCAAAGUGUUAGAUGUUCCCUCGGUGUACCAGGGACAUGGUGGUAUCGAUAUGGAAGAAACCCUGAAGCUAGCGGCUCAAAUGGGCUAUACUAUGGAGGAAUUGCUGGGUUCCCAAGAUGGUGCACUACCCAUUGCUGAUAUAGCUCCUAAAUUUGUCUACGGGGCCGACUUGGUCAGCAAAGAGCGGCUGCAUCAACUGCCAACGCAUAUGCGGAAGUUGCAUCAGUGGUACCUUGAUGCGUGCAAGGUGGACCAAAGAUACAUCGUGGCGAAUAUCCCAGAAGAAUAUUACUUUUGAAGGGAGGAUCUCCAUAUUGAGAUUUCCGAACUCUGGCAGUUAUUCAAUUUUGAGGCCCUCGACAAAUCUCUCAUGAGUUGCUAUUGCUUACUGAAGAUCAGUGAAUGCAGAAGUAAUAAGAUAAUCAAUAUUGGGUUUGUUGACCCAGAUAAAGUACAUCAUGACACGGUAAG